GUUGGGGGGGGGGGAAUUAGCUUGUGUUCUGCUUGUGAGAAAAUUGUACCCAAAACGAUGAGGGGAAGGCGGUGGAGGUGUUUUUGAAUGAAAUGGUGAUUUGACUAUUUCACUCUACGAGCGCAGCGUUUGGCUGAGAGCGGGAGGUGGGCGAAGGCGUUUUGUGGUGAGGGGAAGGUGGUCUGUGGUCGGUCAGUUGGCUCCUCGGGGUGGGAGACAUCAACAACAUGGCGGCGGUGGAGCUGGAAUGGAUUCCUGAAACCUUGUAUAACACCGCAAUUUCGGCCGUGGUUGACAGCUACACCCGCUCUCGGAGAGAGAUCCGAUCGCUACCCGAAAACAUACAGUUUGACGUUUAUUACAAGCUUUAUCAACAAGGACGUCUAUGCCAAUUGGGUGGUGAAUUCUGUGAGCUUGAGGUGUUUGCAAAAGUACUGCGAGCUUCAGACAAAAGACAUCUCCUGCAUCACUGUUUCCAAGCUUUAAUGGACCAUGGAGUAAAGGUGGCUUCGGUAUUAGCCAAUUCCUUCAGCCGACGCUGUUCCUAUAUUGAAGAGUCUGAUGCUCAUGUGAAAGAGAAAGCAAUCCAAUUUGGAUUUGUUUUAGGUGGUUUUCUUUCUGAUGCAGGCUGGUACAGUGAUGCUGAGAAGGUGUUCCUUUCUUGUCUGCAGUUAUGCUCACUGCAUGAUGAAGUACUUCACUGGUUUCGUGCUGUGGAGUGCUGUGUCAGGUUACUCCAUGUGCGUAACGGCAAUUGUAAGUAUCACUUGGGAGAAGAGACCUACAAACAGGCUCAGAUUUACAUUGAGAAGCUGGCAAAACAUGGUCAUCAGGCAAACAAAGCAGCGCUGUUUGGAGAGCUCUGUGCAUUACUUUUUGCUAAGAGUCAUUAUGAUGAGGCUUAUAAAUGGUGUGUAGAAGCCAUGAAGGAAAUCACUGUUGGUUUGCCAGUGAAAGUAGCAGUUGAUGUUUUGAGGCAAGCUUCAAAAGCAUGUGUAGUGAAGCGGGAAUUCAAGAAAGCAGAACAAUUAAUAAAACAUGCUGUGUAUUUAGCACGGGAACAUUUUGGAUCUAAACAUCCCAAAUAUUCUGAUACCCUCUUAGAUUAUGGAUUUUACUUGCUGAACGUAGAUAAUAUUUGUCAAUCAGUGGCUAUUUAUCAGACAGCGCUUGACAUCCGACAGUCUGUAUUUGGGGGCAAGAAUAUCCAUGUAGCAACAGCUCAUGAAGACCUGGCUUAUUCCUCUUAUGUGCACCAGUAUAGUUCUGGGAAGUUUGACAAUGCAAAAUUCCAUGCUGAGCGAGCUAUAGAUAUCAUCACUCAUAUCCUCCCAGAAGACCACUUAUUGUUGGCUUCUUCAAAAAGAGUUAAAGCACUUAUAUUGGAGGAAAUUGCUAUUGACUGUCAUAAUAAAGAAACUGAGCAGCGACUCCUUCAGGAGGCCCAUGAUUUGCACCUUUCUUCACUCCAAUUAGCCAAGAAAGCCUUUGGAGAAUUCAAUGUGCAGACAGCAAAGCACUAUGGAAACUUGGGCAGACUCUAUCAAUCAAUGCGGAAGUUCAAGGAAGCUGAAGAAAUGCACAUUAAAGCGAUUCAAAUUAAGGAGCAACUCUUAGGCCAGGAAGAUUAUGAAGUGGCAUUGUCAGUGGGACAUCUUGCUUCUCUCUAUAACUACGAUAUGAAUCAAUAUGCAGAUGCUGAAAAGCUUUAUCUGAGGUCCAUAGCAAUAGGAAAGAAGUUAUUUGGCGAUGGUUACAGUGGACUGGAAUAUGAUUACAGAGGUCUCAUCAAACUGUACAACUCUGUUGGCAAUUUUGAAAAAGUAUUUGAAUACCAUAAUAUUCUGUCCAACUGGAACCGACUGCGAGAUCGACAGUUUGCCAUCAGUGAUGCCCUUGAGGAUGUAAAUGGCAGUACACAGUCCACAGAAGAAGUAGUCAGAUCAUUUCUGUUAGCUCAGCCUACAAAUGGACAGGGAUGCUGAGAAUCAAGAUGAAUAUAUUGUCACAUACAGUCUUUAUUCCCUGGACUGAAAGGGAGAAACAUACUGUGAAACAAUCCAGUAACUACACUUAAAACCAUUAGGGUAAUUACUUUCUUUUAGGUGUUAAGCUCCGAGCUAAAGGAAAUGGGGGAAAAAGAUUCAUGUAAUAGAUACGAGACUAGGAACGAUCUGGCCGGAAACAGUCGCCAUGGCAUGUCAUUGUAUCGUAAUGUUUGCAAAUGCUGAUGACGCGGAGGAUUUGUCUCAGCAAGUGAAAUUAUUUUGCAGCUGCAGCCUUUAAUAUUAUUUUAAUUAUAUUUCAAAUCAUUUGCUGCUGAUGAAAAGUAAUUUUUGAAUAAUAGUUCAACCAUUUCUUUAUGCAUAAAGAUUUUAAGAUGUGCAAGUGGAUUUCAGACAUUCAGGCCUUUCUACCUAUUUUUGUUUUGCAUCUUGAACAUAACUGCAAUUCCCUGAAAAGUAUGCUAACAGGUGCCAUUGCACUGCGAGUGUCCAUAAGAACUCGUAGGUAGUCCUAAUUGUUUUGCUUACAUCACACUUUCCAAAAUGACAACCUUAAGGGCACUGUGAUAGGUUUGCUGUACAUUACAGUAUGUCAUUAUAUUCCUAGGUAUCUAUAGCAUGGUGGCCUUAGUGAAUUUGUUGAAGUGCACAUUUUUUAAACUGAAGUAUUAAAGGAAUAUAUCUAGAAAUUGGUUUAUGAUGCACAAGUUCAGUAUCGGAUCACUAACUGAUGUUUUUAGGUACCAUUUGUGUCAUCCAGUUUUUAAAAAUUCAAUUUAUAUUCCUCAUUGGGAAUAAUGUUGCCAUAUUCCACAUUAAGUGAAUAAUAAAGUUUUGAUAACCUUGUGGAUGUGGAAAUGAAAAAAGGUCAACUGUGUUCAUUUUAUUGCACAUUUAAGUAAACAGUACUAUUUUUGUAUUUUCCUAAAUUGCGUUGACAACAGUUGCUAACACUAUUACCAAAUUCAGCCUCUGCUGUUGAAAGCAAGAUGAGACACUUCCUUGAUACUUGAGCAGCUCUUGUAUUAGUGCCACGCUGAAUUUGUACAACAUCACAAUUUUUUUGUUUUAAUUCCAUUAAAUAUGUACAAAAUCUUAGUGUAACAACAGGCUGCAGCGCCCAAUAUAAUGUGCAACCAUCAAGCCAUUAUUGCUUAUGUUUGUAACAAACAUUGUGAUAUUAUGUAACUGUACUACUACAAAAUAUUAUUGAUCUGCUAAAUAUAGUGUUCAUGC